AACAUGGAGGUCGGUGGAGAACUGAAAAGCGCGCUGACUUCAAAACCGGCUGUAUAUGUUAUUGGUGGGACAGCUACGAUUGCUGCAGCAUAUGGUCUUUAUAAACUAUGGCUUUAUAUGCGCGAAGAAGAUGAAUAUUUUGAGAAUUUGCACUCGAGUAAAGACCAAAGUGAGCGCCGAGUGUUGAUCAUUGGCCUUGAUGGAGCAGGCAAAACCCGCUUUGCUCGUUGUUUUUGCAAGGGCCGACGGCGCCUCAGUACAACAGAAGAGACCACGAUUGGCUUCUAUGUGAACUCUGUGAUGCUGGGAUCCAUCUACCUCAACAUGUGGGAUGUGGGAGGUUCGGAUAUGUGCCGGACCUACUGGAAGGAGUUCUUGCUAGACUUGGAUGCCAUCUGUUAUGUUGUGGACUCAUCAGAUGCAGCCCGCCUGGAUGAGUCAAGACGGGAGCUCCACGCUUUCCUCAUCCAGAAGGGAACAGAGAACAUCCCUCUCAUUAUUGUGGCCACCAAACAGGAUAAGCCAUUGGCAAUGAAACCAGACUUGGUGUACAGCUAUAUGCAGCUGGACAACUUUGCCAAGACCCGUCCAAUCCACCUUGUCUCAGUCCAAGCACCAGACCAUGGACAACGCAAGGGUUUUAUGGAAACAUAUCGCAUCUUUGAGAGUCUCCAGAAGAGGCGGAGACACAAGUCUGCUUGAUUGUUGAGUCUUCACAAUAGAACAUGUACAGUUCUCUAGUGUUCCUGACACCAUGUACAAUCUAUCUGCUGUUGUCUUGUUGCCAUGGUGAUGUUAUUUACUAUGUUUAGUAUACAUUUACAUUUGUGUCCUGUUCAUCUUUAUUAGAAGUUUUUGUGAUGGUCAUAAUACUUCACUUUUUAGAAAAUAUUUACAAAAAUAUUUAAGAAUCCUUUUAUGUGAAUAGUUUUCAAUAUAGGUUUGCUGCCAUUUUUGUGCACCGCACCAAGCCACUUCAAUGUAUUUUGCAUUUAAUCAUCUCAAUACAUAUCAUGUUUUUACAUAUGUUAUCUACAUAUUGGUUGUGAUAUGACCCUGGGCUGUUGACAUGUUUACACAUGCAGCCAGGUAAAAACUUCUAAUGAAUUAUUAAAAAUACUGUAAUCUACAUGCAGUAUAUAUUGUAACAAUAUGUUUACCUUUAUUUCAAGGUGAUGUGCUAUACUAUAGAUUAUUAUUUACUGUUUUCGUUUUGUUGCUUGUCUUUUAUUGCCAGGCUCUUGUUGAAAUAUGCACUUUUUUCAGCACAAACAUUCUAAUUUAUAGAUCAGUAUUGUUUUGAAUUUGUCAAACCUGUCUACAGUUGACUGUAAAUUGUAAUAAAACCAAGGAAUAGGUUGGAUGCAAGGAUGCGGACAUCCACUUUUGAUUGUUUUUACAUUUUCACAAAUUGUAAACAACUAAGAAUACUGUGAAACACAAACUUAUAUGACCAGUGAACUUGGAUUGCCAAAUCACAAUUUGCUCAUAGUCCAGGCCCCUCCCUACAUGCAUUAGAAGAGGGAAUCAAUGUGAUCCAGGACCCUCCCUAAAUGUACUGAAAGAGGGGGUCUCUGCAUGUUCCAGACAUCCUCUAUAAACGGUGGAAGGGGCCUCAACGUCGUCCAGGACCCCUUUUCACAAAGUGAUUGUAACUCUACAAAUGUUGUGAAGUGUGUGUUAAAAUAUGUGACAGUUGUAGAGUUAAGAUCACUUUGAGGAACAGGGUCCUGGUACCUUCCUCUAUGCAGUGGAAGAGUGGAUGAACAUGGUCAUAUCCCUCUCUGUGUGCGAAUGGAGGAGGGGAUCUACAUGUUCCAGGUCCCUCCCUCUGGGCAGUGGAGGCGGGGAUCUAUAUGGUCCAGGUCUCUCCCUCUAUGCAGUGGAGGAGGGGAUCUACAUGGUCCAGGUCCCUCCCUCUGGGCAGUGGAGAUGGGGUCUAUAUGGUCCAGGUCUCUCCAUCUAUACAGUAGAGGAAGGGAUCUACAUGGUCCAGGUCCCGUCCCACUGGGCAGUGGAGGCAGGGAUCUAUAUGGUCCAGGUCUCUCCCUCUAUACAGUAGAGGAGGGGAUCUACAUGGUCCAGGUCUCUCCAUCUAUACAGUAGAGGAAGGGAUCUACAUGGUCCAGGUCCCGUCCCACUGGGCAGUGGAGGCAGGGAUCUAUAUGGUCCAGGUCUCUCCAUCUAUACAGUAGAGGCAGGGAUCUAUAUGGUCCAGGUCUCUCCAUCUAUACAGUUUAGGAGGGGAUCUACAUGGUCCAGGUCCCUCCCUCUGGGCAGUAGAGGUGGGGAUCUAUAUGGUCCAGGUCUCUCCAUCUAUACAGUAGAGGCGGGGAUCUAUAUGGUCCAGGUCUCUCCAUCUAUACAGUGGAGGAGGUGAUCUACAUUUUCCAGGUACCUCCCUCUGUGCAGUGGAGGCGGGAUCCAACAUAAAUUGGACAGUUUUACAACAAUCUUAUCCCAGUAGGUCAUAUAAACUGUAAUGACAGUGUAUUCUGCCAUGAUCAGACAAAAAGAAGUAAGACUUUUCUUUGUUGAAGAAAAAAUAUUGCUGUGUUUAAUGUGAAGGAAUCAUACCAGCAUCAUCAAUCACAAUGAAACAUUACUAUCUGGUCACAUUCCUAAUU